CAGGGUGGACUACACAAAACGGCCAUCCUGUAUAUGUAGGAAAAUCCCCCAUCGGGUCUCCUUAUCCCCCUGACACGCAGUCCCAUGCGCCUUUCGCAUGCGGCAGGCCUCUUGUCGCUGCUGCUUGGUAAACAGGAAGCUUUGUCCAUUACGAAGCAUCGCCUAUCCCUUCCUCCCUCACGAGGCGAAUCCCCCCCUGCCCAGAAAUCCCUUGAGAAUUGGCGUUCCAUCCUAAAUUGCAAUCUCCCUUCCGUACGAUACAUAUUCCACACCUAUGUUCCAAGUUCCUCAGACUCUACAGUAUACCCCGCAAUCGCUAUAGAGACGGAGCGGCGCAUAUUGGCCAUGCAUGCGGCCAUUACGAUCAACGUCAUCCGGUAUGUCGUUUCUACCACGUUCAGGCGAUGCAUCCGGACGCAAUGGUCCAGCUUCAUCUGAACACUUUCCUGAGCUUACAUGUCCGACGGCCGAUACUGCAAAGCGGCAUAUGCAGAUUCCGACGUCCUCUUUCUCCAAUGAACCAGGCCGCUCCAGGCCGUUUUCAACAGCAGCGAUGUUCCUCUCGC